UGCAACACGGCCAAAUGAAUUUCCUCCUCGACGUCAACACAUGGCCAGUAGUUGCUAAUAUUGUUCUUUUUUUAACCUAAACACAACGGCCUUUUUUAAGAGUGUGUCCGUUUUCAGUCGUCUACAAAAUGAAAGUUAAAGUCCUCUCGAGGAACCCGGAUGAUUAUGUCCGCGAGACAAAACUAGAUAUCCAGCGUGUUCCAAGAAACUAUGACCCAUCCCUCCAUCCGUUUGAGGUGAGCAGAGAGUACACCCGGGCCCUUAAUGCCACCAAGCUUGAGAGAGUGUUUGCCAAGCCCUUCCUGGCCUCUCUGGAUGGACACAGAGAUGGGGUGAACUGCUUGGCCAAGCACACCACCAACCUCUCCACCCUUUUCUCUGGCUCCUGUGAUGGGGAGGUGAAAGUGUGGAAUCUGACCAAACGUGAAUGCGUCCGUACUCUGCAAGCACAUGAAGGUUUUGUCCGUGGAAUGGUCGUACGCUAUUGUGGAACGUCUUUCUUUACGGUUGGUGACGACAAAACAAUCAAGCAAUGGAAAAUAGAGGCACCAGCUUACGGAGAGGAGGAGGAGCCGCUCAACACUAUUCUGGGCAAGACAGUCUUCACAGGACUGGACCAUCACAGGAAGGAGGGUGUGUUUGCAACAUGCGGCCAGCAGGUGGACGUGUGGGACGAGCAGAGGAGCAGCCCGAUCCGCUCCUUCACCUGGGGCGUGGACAGCUUCAGCGCCGUCCGCUUCAACCCUGUGGAGACUGAACUUCUUGCUAGUUGUGCCUCUGACAGAAGUAUAGUGCUGUAUGACAUGAGAGAACCAGCACCUCUUAAAAAGGUUAUUAUGACAAUGAGGAGCAACACGGUAUGCUGGAACCCUAUGGAAGCCUAUUACUUCACAUGUUCAAAUGAGGACUACAACCUCUACACAUACGACAUGAGGUACCUGGACAAGCCGAUCACUGUGCACAUGGAUCAUGUCUCUGCAGUGCUGGAUCUGGACUAUUCCCCAACUGGGAAGGAGUUUGUAUCUGCCAGUUUUGACAAAACCAUCCGCAUCUUCCCUAAGGACGGAGGCCACAGUAGGGAAGUCUACCACACCAAGCGCAUGCAGCAUGUCAUCUGCAUAAAGUGGUCCGCAGACAACAAAUACAUCCUGAGCGGUUCUGAUGAAAUGAACAUCCGACUGUGGAAAGCCAACGCUGCUGAGAAACUAGGAGUGCUCGCCCCCAGAGAGAGGCAGGCCGCCAACUACAGCCAGAAGCUGAAGGAGAAGUACCAGCACCACCCUCAGAUCAAACGUAUCGCCAACCACCGACACCUCCCCAAGAUCAUCUACCACCAGACCAGGGAGCAGCGGGUCAUGAAGGAGGCUCGCCGCAAGAAGGAGAGGAACGUCCGGAAGCACAGCAGGCCAGGAACUGUUCCUGUGGUGUCGGAGAAGGAGAAGCAUGUUGUGACUGUGGUCAAAUAAGCAGAGAAGAAGACAAAGGUGACCCCCAAGAGAUGAGGUGGAGACCAAGAUCACACACAGGACAUGUUCCGACUGCUUUCACUCUGAGAACUUUUUCAUUUGUCAGUUGUGGGACCAGUUCUGCAUCAUUUGGAGUACACACAGACUGUUAAUACAUGCAAACAUCAAAGUCAUUUCAAAGGAUUUCCUUUACACACAGUUCUGUUUUCUCUUCCGUUUGAGUGGCUAACCCCACAUUUUGUUUUGAGCAGGUUUGCAUUUUCUAUUACAGGAUCCACAACCAUGAAAAUAAAGACUAUUUUAGAUUGA